AUGUCUGUUGAUCCAAUAGUUACAUCUCAAGAUAUACUUGGAAGAACAAGAGCAAGUAUUUUAACAUUUACAAGUGAUAACCUACAAUCAAUGAAACAUAGUUUUUAUUCAUUCUCAACUUGUCAAGGUAAGAUUCUCCAAAGUACCAUUGAAACGUUAUUUAACAAAGAACUUCCAAAUAAUAAUGUUACACUUUGGAUUGAUGAAUAUGGGAUUAAAAUCGUUUCAGAACAAAAAAGUGUUUGUCAAACAAUUGUCUUUUGGGAAAAAGAUAUUUUUGAUUCAUACAUAUUUGAUAAUAAUCACAAUGAGUUCAGUGUAAAGAUUCCACUAAAAGAGUUGGUCUUAUUUUUUGAUUCUAUCAUAUCUGAAGUACGGUUUAAUGUAGAUAUUUUUAUAUUAGAAUCAAAUGAAAUAUUGCUUCAAUCUAAAAAUAACACUACAACAGUUAGAAUGAAAAUUAACCCAAUUUCAGAUUCUAUUUGUCCAGUAAACAUAUUUGAUUUUAGUAAAUUUAGAGUAUUAUUAUAUAUAACUUCUUCUUAUCAACCUUUAAUCCCAUCAUUUGGAACAAUGGAAUGGAACCAUUUAUAUCUAAUAUUUGAUGCUAAUAUUGAUGGUACAUUAACAAUAUCAUCUAGUUCUAUUUCUGAUUCUAUGUCUACUCAUUAUUCACAAAAUUCAUUUGUUAAAUUUGAAUGUUAUCAAACUUUCUCUGCUCGUUAUAGACUAAGUCAAUUUAAAUGUAUUAGAAAAGCUUUAAAACAUUCAAAGAAAAUCACAAUUAUGAUUAACCAAAACAAGCUUCUUUAUAUAGAAUGUUCAUAUCAAUCAGAAGACAAAGAUGUUGAUGCUGAAAUUGCAUUUUAUGUUAGUGCACAAGUAGAAGAUAUUCCUUUCCCAUUAUUACAAGAAAAAAGUCAAUCUCCAACACCAUCUCAAAUUCCUACACAAAUAGAAGAAGUUUAA